AUGAUAACAGUGGAAGAGUACCUACCAUGGUGGUGGCAAUGGUCAUGUUAUCUAAGCACAACCUUCGCAAUACUUCUCUCAUGCUAUUCUAUCUUAAGACAAUUGUCUGAGUAUCGAAAGCCAUUUGAACAGAGAUUAACCGUUAGAAUUCAAGUAUUAGUACCAAUUUUCUCAUUCUCCUGUCUCAUGGCAACUUUAUAUCCACAUUUUUCACAAAUAUUUAUUGAUCCCGUAAGAGAAUUCUACGAAGCAUUCGUCAUUUACACAUUUUUCUCCUUAUUAAUACUCAUACUAGGCGGGGAAAGAGAAAUUAUUACAAAAACAUGCCUUGAUCAUCCACCGAUGAAGCAUCCAAUAUUUAUACUUGGUUCAUUUUUACCAAGGGUUGACUUAUCUGAUCCCCAAGAAUUCUUAAAAGUCAAAAGAGGUAUUCUUCAAUAUGUUUGGUUUAAGCCACUUUAUUGUCUUGGUAUGUUGAUAUGUCAACUUGCCGAUUUCUCCAGAUUGCAAUUUAUUCUAGUGAUUCUUUAUAAUGUGUCAGUCACCUGCUCAUUAUAUAACUUAGCGUUGUUUUGGAAAUUCCUUUACAAAGAGUUAAGACCAUUCCAUCCCUGGAGUAAAUUUCUUUGUGUCAAAUUAAUCAUAUUUGUAUCCUAUUGGCAAAGUAUGAUCAUCCAAGGUUUAAACAUAUUGGGUGUGUUGGGAAAAGAUGAAAUGACAGGGUAUUUGUAUCAAAACGGGAUCCUUUGUCUAGAGAUGUUUGGAUUUGCCAUCUUGCAUCUAGUGGCAUUUCCCUGGAAACCUUACUCCAAUCAAUCUUUACCUAUGGGUGCUAGAAUGAACUUUAAAUACGCCUUAAGGGAUUGCUUCGGUGGUGCUGAUCUGAAAUGGGAUUCUAAGCAAACGUUAUUUGUUGGUUCUAUGUAUUACAAUUUCAGGAAUUUUGAUCCGACUGUGGAUAGUAUAUUGAUAGCAAGGACAGACACAGAUUCCCGAAUGAAUAGGAUUAACCAUGGUGUCAGGUUUACAAAUAAUGGUACUGAUCGAUAUUGGGUUGGUUAUGGAAGUACAGAUCGACAAUCCAAUAAUAAUAAUAACAACUUAAUACCCUUUCCCUCCCAAACGCGCCAAGAGGAAGAUGAACCUGAAGAAUUCGAAGAGUUUAUAAAAUGGGAUACUAAUGCUGCUGGCCGACAUUAUAUCCCUGAUGACCCCAAUUAUCCCGUAUCUUGGGAUUCCAGCGGUUAUAAAUAUACAUCAUCAAUGAAUAGGCUUCGAGAAGAUGUACAAAAUAGAAUAUCUGUUUGA